GUGUCCCUCGUCCCGGGGGAAAGCGGGAGCUGCCAUGAUGGGGUACGCUUCCCGGGGCGGGGGAAGGGCGGCCCGGGGGCCACCAGGGGGAGCUCUGGGCUACCGCGGGGGGAGGGUGUCCCAACCGGGAGCACCGGGCGCAGGCGCGCGGCGGACAGCCCCCGGUGGGGUCCUUGGGCGCCGGUGGUACCCUCCUGCGCAGGCGUGCGGCGGGCGGCCCCAGCGGCGCCCUUCUGCGCAAGCGCAGUGGGGUCCUUGGGCGCAGGCGCGCGGCGGGCAGCCCCGCGGGGUCCUCGGGCGGCGCCGGCGGCGGGACGCGGGCGGCCAUGUUGGGCCGGGGGGCGGCGGGGGGCUGCGGCCUCCUGCUGCGGGCGGCGAGCCGGGCCCUCAGCCUCAGCCACAGCCGGAUUUGGGGAACCGCGGAGACGUGGUCAGCGUGAAGAAACAUGUGGGUCGUAACAAGCUCCUGCCCCAGGGCCUGGCCGUCUACGCCUCGCCGGAGAACAAGAAGAUGUUUGAGGAGGAGAAGAAGCUGCGCCAGGAAGGGAAGCUGGAGGUGCUCCAAACCCAGAGUGGGGAGAGGACCAUCCGCUUCCUCAAGAGCUGCCGCCUCGAGGUGGGCAUGAAAAACAACGUCAAGUGGGAGCUGAACAACGAAAUCGUGGCUCGUCACUUCCUCAAAAACCUGCGGGUUUUCGUCCCUCCCCACGCGCUGAAGCUGCCGGAGGAGCCCAUCACCCGCUGGGGCGAGUACUGGUGCGACGUGACGGUGAACGGGCUGGAGACGGUGCGGGUGCCCAUGUCGGUGGUGAAGUUCCUGCGGCCCAAGACCAAGCGGUACAAGCACUGGCUGGCGCAGCAGCAGGCCCAGCUGGCGGCACGCAGGGAGGGGCUGCUCUGAGCCUGGGGGGGGGGGGGGGGGGCCACCGACACCCCCCCACCCCCCCCCCGGGACCCUCAACACCCCACCUCGGACCCCGGUGUAUGCCCAGCGCCAGUGCGGUACCCAGGAACGGGUUUGGGGGCUGUCCCCAGAACGGACUUGGGGGGCUCCCCCUGGGGCUGGCCUGUCACGGGGAGGGGGGGGGGCUGUUCCUGUGUGGCCCCCCCCACCCCGGCUACACUGAAUAAAGGGCUCGGUGUGGUUCACAGCGUGGUGGGGGUCCCCGUGUUGGAGGGGGGGUGUGUCUGGCUGCCCGGGGCCUCCCUGUUUACCCGCCCCCAGUGCAGCAGCCCCCCCGCCAUGGCACCUUCUUCCACCCCCCCCCCCCGGCAUC